CCACCUGCGCCCACCAACACCAGCCCACCAGCUCACUCCCAUAGUAUGUCUCUGAACAUCCUCCUGGUGGCGCUUGUCGUGCUGGUGGUCGUCGCUUCAAGUGCGACGGCGUCGUCGUCCUUGGACGCUGAUGACGUUGUUGUGGUGAAUGAUGGUCCAGUGGUGGAGAACGUUGGCGAUGAUCUGAUCCAGUGCGAGUCGUGGAACGGGACGUACAACCUCCAGGCUCUGUUUGAUGCGUACAAUGCUUCGGGUCAGACCACAAGCAUCUCGGCCAUUCCGUCGGGCGAUGGUGGCGACACCGAUUACAUCGCCUACUCGCUUUGUCGCUACUGCCUCUUCUCCCAGUGCUUGCGCGGCACCUUUGUCGGUCUCAUCACAAACUCGGGCUCGCAGUGCCAGUCGCUCGCCUCGAACCUCGGCGUCUUCAACCCGUCCGAGCGCGGUUUCACCCUCGCCUAUCCCCAAGUCUCCAUCCGUUUCAUGUGCAACCUCGGCGCUGGCAUCGGGCAGCCGGUUGUGACCAACUCGGCUGCUCCGUACUCUCUCGUUUGGCAGUCCAAGUACAUCUGCCCCAUGGCGUGAUCGGGUUGUUGACUCUCAGCACCGUCGCGCCAACCCAUUAUGCGUAACAUUGCUCCUUUUUCCCCCC